UGUGUGUCCCACAAAAAUGUAUUUACUAUGAUGACACUUUUACUCGGUUUUCGAAGCUCCCUAGCAGCUUAAACAUUCCCACGACAAGAAGCUUAGCUUCGUGUCCGAACCAAAGGCCUCGUUCCCAGGUUCGGUCAACGGUAGCCCACAAAGACUUUCUGGUUCGGACCUCGUUUUUCAAAGAUUCUGAACACGAACCUGAAAUUCGGCAACCGAGCCUCUCAUAACGGUUCCGAAGCUGGGUUUUCCCGCUCUCGGAGACUCUCUCUCUUCACUUCCACUUUUAGCUUAGUCCAGUGGAGAACCGAGUGCUUAAAUACGCAUACCCAAAGCUCUCUCCUUUCCUCUCUUUGAUGUGUUUCUUUGCUACUUCCUCUGCUAAUUUUCUCAAGAAAUGGCAAGGAGUACUUGGCUUAUUAACAGCAAAGCAAUUGCAAAGAAAGUGAGAAAUGCUAGUCGUUCUUCUGCUUAUCAAAUCAAUGACUAUGGGGCAAACCGUGAAUGCCCAAAAUGCCAUUGUCGCAUUGAUAACAGUGAUGUCUCUUCUGAGUGGCCUGGUCUGCCAGCUGGUGUGAAGUUUGAUCCAUCUGAUGCACAACUCUUAGAACAUUUAGCAGCAAAAUGUGGUGCUGGAAACUUAUCGCCACAUAUGUUUAUUGAUGAGUUCAUCCCGACACUAGAGGGUGAAGGAAUAUAUUGCGACCAUCCAGAAAAUCUGCCUGGUGCUAAGAAAGAUGGAAGCAGUGUUCAUUUCUUUCACAGAAUAAUUAAUGCAUAUGCUACUGGACAAAGAAAGCGCCGCAAGAUCCACAAUCAGCAUAGUGUGACUGCAGAGCAUGUCCGCUGGCACAAAACUGGUAAGACCAAAGCUGUGGUAGAAAGUGGAAUUCAAAAAGGCUGUAAGAAGAUUAUGGUUCUUUAUAAAAGUUCUAAGAAGGGGUCCAAGCCAGACAAGGCCAAUUGGAUCAUGCAUCAAUAUCAUCUAGGAGCUGAAGAAGAUGAGAAGGAAGGAGAAUAUGUAGUAUCAAAAAUCUUCUACCAGCAGCAGAAGCAGACUGACAAGGAUGAUAAGAGUCCGCUGAUUGAAGAUUCUGAAAUCGUGGCACUUCACACUAGUCCCAGAACCCCCAAUACAAAUCCUCCAAUUCCUCCACGACACGGAAAAUCUAUUUUCUGCAAUGAUGUUAUAGAUGAUAAUAAGCUCCAAGCAUCUGCCAAGGAAGCAGGGCCUACCCAAGGAACAUCUCAUGCCCCCCAGCCUGAUAUUGCUAAGGAUGAUAUGGGGUAUCCUGAAUGGUUGGCAGGCGAAUCUCAGGCUGUUGAAAGCUCUGACAUAAAUUGUUUGGAUGAGACAUUGUUAUGCAAGGAGAUUUUUGAUUCCGGAUUGAAUUACAUGUCUGAUGCUGAUUUUGCUUCCGGCACGAAUGACUUACCUAAAAAUGGCAACGCAUCAUAUGGAAUUGCUGAUCUUGAGAACCUUGAACUCGAUACACCACCAGAUUUCCAGCUUUCUGAUUUGCAGUUUAGCUCACAGGAAAGUAUCCUUGGUUGGUUAGACAAUUUUGAGAAGAAAUUCUGAAGCAAAAAGCUUCAAGGAAUCACAUUGAAUUCCAAAUUUUGUGCCAUCACAGAGCAAAAGAUAAAUACUAUUUUUUUGCUGCGUAUUCUUCAACAACAAUGAAUCGACUUCAUCGCUUAACUUCCAUCUUCUGUGCAAGGUGUUUUAUCUCUCCAAGCUUCAAGAUGUUCAGGGUGGUUUAUUACUUUUCAGCUGUGAAGCUGAGAUCGAUGCCUGUGAUAUAUCAUAUAUGCAUGUUUGGUUGUCUAACUAUGUUUUGCCUACUGUUAAUGCACAUUCGCAAUUACUGUAUCUAAUCGCUGUUGAUGAUGGAUAGUAGCUACCAAGGAUUUACAUGUAGCUUCUGCUUCUGUAUCAGUUUAAAGAGUAUCACUAGGACGCUCUAACCUAUAAAUGCAACAAUUUUAAUCCUUGGUAUGUCUAUUACAGGUUAUGUAUGGAAAUGUAUGUGUUAUUUGGUGAUGUAUUAAAACCGCAACUUGCUCAUCAUGUAAAAAGGUUUUGAUUUUGUUUUU